AUGAAUCUCACGACAAGCUAUCACGCAAUGUCACCGUCACAAAGCCCAUCCAUCCAGCCUCACUUCAUCAACUUGAACCAAUUCGAGAUGUCUAUCAUCCAAUCCAUAAAGCAAGAAACCGAAAACCUUGGUGGACCAUGGUCGUGCAAGCUGUGUAAUACCCAGUUCAUCGACAUCAUGCGGCUUGUAACUCAUCUCUUGACAUUCUGUGAUCGACAUCGUUCACUCUCUACAUUCUUGAAUGUAUCUGCAAUUCACAUUUGUAUGCUCUUGGAUGACUCUGGGUCCAUCAAGACGCUCGAAACAUACAUCCGUUUAGCUGGCAACGACACUGAUAGCGAGGUAUCUGACCUUGGCAACGACACGGAUAGCGAGGCGUCCACCCUUAGCAACGACACAAAUAGCGACGCAUCUGAUCUUGCCGAGCCUAUCAUGAGGGAAGCAAUGAGCCCGGGGAUGCUGGCGAGGGUGGUACUGGGCCUGUGUGGUUUGCCGGUAACCAGGAAGAGGAAGGUCUCAGGUCCACGAGCGAGGACGAGGGAAGCACUGAGCUCGUGGAUGAGGAUUCUACUUCUGAGGCACACGAUGAGGAUGUGA